UCUAAUAACGUGGGUGUGGCUGUUCAGUGUGGGCCCCCACCCGCAGUCUAUUUGGACGGAGGGAGAAAGGCAUGCUCUGAAACCCAUCCCCACAACAACAGUACAGCCUGUGCUAUGAGAGGAUUCUAAAUUUGCCAAGCAGCUCAGGCAUCCCAUUCUCCGUGUUGGUACCUCCCUCUAGGAGACAGACUGACAGACAAGCUGGGCUGAGAGAAGCGACUGGAGAAGUACUGGAACUCAGACUGGAGUGGACACUCUGACAUCAGGUUACAGUAGAACACUCUGAACAAGCCGGGGCAGAGUUGGUAAAGGGUGCCAUGAGUGAAGAGAAAACAAUCACCUGGAUGUAGAAGUGGGAUGGAUUGCUUUGUUAUUAAUGGAACCAUUCAUUCAUUCCAGUCCACAACACUUUGCAGCCAAGUUGCUUUCCAUCACGAGAAAAGAGUCACAACGCCUGUAGAGGUUGGCCAGAGAGCUGAAACUGACACUCAGACUACCAACAGACAUAUAAUGUGCUAAAAAACAAGGCCUGACAAUGACGGACAAACAAAAUGGAAAUGGGCCCGAAGCCCCAGAGAAUAGGGUGAAGGGGAAGCCUCCUCCGUACUCUGUGGAGACGCCCUAUGGCUUCAGCCUGGACCUGGACUUCCUCAAGUACGUUGACGACAUCGAGAAGGGCCACACCAUAAAGAGGGUCCCCAUCCAGCGCCGGAGCAGGGGGCAGAGGCCCAGCACUCUCCCCAGGAACCUCAAUCUCUCUGGGCAUGGCUACCAGCCUAGCGCCUGGGGCUCCACUGGAGCUCUGGCCUCCAGGUCUCGCCUCCCCAACCCCCACCAAGGCUAUGACUCUUGGGCUUAUGACGGCAGAUCGCCAGCCUCCCCUGGAGGAUACAAGUCUGUGGCAGAGAUGGAAGCCAGUAUCAGGGCCUUUGAUGAGCAGCCCUUGGGGGAGCACAUCAGGCCCAAUCUCCUGCGGGCCUCCAGCCUGCCUCUCACCGUCCUGCUAAGGAAAGGUUCAGAGUCAACUGAGGACCCGGCCAGUCUCCGAAGCUCCAGAGACCAUCUCAGAGGAAGGGACACUUCCACGGAAGACAUCUUCUACUCCCUGGACCGUUCGUCCAACUGUCAGUCCAACCAGGAUUUUUCUGGAACCAUGCGCCGCCUCAAUGAAGCCCUGGAGCACAUGGGCAAGCUGGAGGAGGAGGUCCGGGUCAUCCCAGAGCUCAAGGCACAGAUAUACAUCCUGCAGGAGGAGAGGGAGAUGCUCCGUCUUGGACUGAACCCCAAACCCGCAUCCCGAAGCUUCUCCAACAGGGCCAAAGACCACUCUUACGUGACCUCUGACCUCAAAAGACCCAGGAAAGAGAGUAAUCUCUUCCUCGCCAACAAUGACGUCACCGAUGACGACUCUAACCAGACACACGAAUGGAGGACAAGCACAGACCUGGAUGAGCUUCUCACAGUGACGUCUCUGCAGGCCAAAGUAGCCAUGCUGGAGCAGAGGCUUCACGAGAGCAGCCUGGACCUCCAGAAGGCCACCGUGCUACUGAGAGAACAGCAGGAGGAGGGCCGGAGGAACGAUGAGAGGAUGUGCCAGCUGAUCAGGAACACUGGGGACUGGGGGAGAGCAGAAAGAGUCCCUGUGGAGCAAGAUGAAAAACAGACUGAGAAUUCUUCUCGGUGGGUCUUAGCAGGUGUGCAUGGUACAUCCAUUAGAGAAAGCUUGAAUGUAGAAGCUUUGUCGACAAAUACAGUGACCAUUAGAACAAAUAGACAAAACCCAGGCACUCAGAUUGAGGACCUAGAAGAUGAUCAAGUUUGGGUUUCAGCUAGCUCUUUCAUGAUGGAGGCCCAAGCGAACAGUCUUGGAGCUGGUCAACACAGUUCAAAAACGGUAGUCCGUUGCUCCGUCAGAGAACCAGGCCUAGCAGUACCCAUGGAGCACAUGCCCCAGGAGGAAGCCCCCCCAGGGAGCAUUGAUCAAGCUGUGGCAGCCCUCCACGUAAAGAGGAUCCAGUGUCUCCUGGAACAGCAGUGGGAGUGUUUGUGUGGGGGGACAGCACCAGAGGGGGGCAAGGCCCUGGAGCACCCAGACCCCGAGGUCAAUUCACUGCAGGAGGAGAUGAUGAGUCUGGUUCAUACUCUUUCCUCCUACUACAUCCAUGGAUCCAGUGACAGAGAGGUUUCUCAAGGAGUCCCAAAAUCCAUCAUGAAGAGAAAUGGGAGUGCUCGGAUGUCAAAGAACCUCCACUUUGCUGGUGUGAACGGAGGCUUUGAAACAACACCAAAUGAGGACUUGGAUCGUAAGAGCCAUGCAAAGGAGGACAUGUCAGCCCUACAGCAACAACCAGAAGGACAACAUUACCCUGGGGAGAUGGCAGAGAAACUUGCAGACCAUGGGGGUUCCAACCAUGGAGACCAGAAAGAGGGAGACCCAAGCCCAGGUCAAGAGAUGAUGGAAGGAACCGAUCCGAUGGACCAGACUACUCAAACUGCAGAACCAGACAAACAGACAGAUAGUGGUGGGGAUGUGGAAGCUGCAGAACCAGAGGAACAGAACAAGACAGAUAAAACACCAGAGGAACCCAUGGAAGCAGAACCAGAUCCAAACACAGAUCCCAAACAAGACAGGGAGGCUGUAGAAGGGGAGUUCAUAGCAGCAUGUCAUUUCGUCAGCGAUCACAUGGAUAACAUGGAUAACCCCAAUGAUGAAAUGAGGCGUGGCCUGGUGGUGCUGUUCCAGCAUUGGUUCCGGGUGGCGGCUGAGGAGGACUCUCUGGCCAAUACGGUGUCUGUGCACCUCAGAGAGGUGAGGACGGCCACGCCGUCGCUCCUCCCCUUCUUAGUUAACAUGGCAGACGACAACGGCAACACAGUGCUGCACUACAGCGUGUCUCACACCAACUACCCCAUUGUCAGCCUGCUACUGGACACAGGUGUUUGUGAGGUGGACCUUCAGAACAAGGCGGGGUACACAGCGGUGAUGCUGGCCUCCCUGAUGGCCCCGGACAGCUCUGGGGACAUGGAGGUGGUCGUCAGGCUCAUGGAGCUGGGGGACGUCAAUGCUCAAGCCAGCCAGGGGGGUCAAACAGCUCUGAUGCUAGCAGUGAGACAUGGCCGGGGCCUGAUGGUGCGUCUGCUGCUGCGCUGCGGGGCCGACACCAACAUCCAGGACUGCCAGGGGGCCACGGCCCUAGUGUGCGCCUGCGAGAGAGGCCACACACACAUCGCCCGGCUGCUGUUGCAAGCGGCCGAGUGUGACACCAGCGUCACUGACAGGCGUGGUCGCACGGCCCUGUCUGUAGCACAGCAGGGGUCCCACGUUGACAUCACAGCCCUUCUCCAGGCCCACCAAACACAAGCUGAGACGUCUGUCUGAGACUCCUUGCCCUGUCCCUGUGGAUGGACUCAAAGACACAGAUGUUGCAGUGCAAGGAAUGUCCAAGUCCAAAUGGAACCCUGUUCCGUGCUGUCAGUAGAGCCCUUCCUACUGUAUAUAGAGCCCUUCUUUAUACCACAACUUAGGUCAAUUAUCUCCUUGUUUCUCUGUCUCCUUCCGUCUCUCUGUCUCCGGUCUCCUUUUUCUUCUCCUUUCUCCUUCGGUAUUAUUUAUCUUCUCCUUCUCUCUCUUUCUCUCUCUCUUCUCCUUCUGUCUCUCUCUCUUCUCCUUCUGUCUCUCUUUCUCUUCUCCUUCUGUCUCUCUUUCUCUUCUCCUUCUGUUUCUCUUUCUCUUCUCCUUCUGUCUCUUUCUCUUCUUCUUUGUGUUGGUCACUUAUUGGCUCAGUAUUGACUGAGCUCAGCUGGUCGCGUUAGUCGCUGACUACUAGGCUCUGGCCAAAAGUAGUGCACUAUACAGUAGAGAAUAGGGUUCUAUUUCAGACACAGAUGAAGAUCUCUCACCUCCGCUCGUCUGAUUCGGUCUCCUUUCCUCACUCCCUCUUGGGCCUCUAAGGAUCAGGUUGUGAGGUCAAUGACAUUGGACUGAGCUCUCCACUUCCUGUUCCUGGACAGGGAAAAAAAGAUUUAAAGACUGUGUGUGUGUGUGUGUGUGCUUUACAAGUAGACUGUCAUUGUAAAUAAGAAUUUGUUCUUAACUGACUUGCCUAGUUAAAUAACGGUAAAAUAAAAAAAGAAAUCAAAUAAGAAUUUGGGGGAAGAUGUUCUAUCAGUGUGUUAAAUGCUUUCUUUUUUUUUGUCUUCACAUUGUAAUGUGUGACUUUAAUUUUGAUCUGUUAUUCUGACUCUGCUUAUACUAGCUGUACUAUGUGCGUCAGGAAGGAGAGCUGUGUCAUCAGACUGAUU